AGCAUUCUUGCACACUCUCGGUGGAGUUGUCACUGUUGAUGAUGGUUCUGAAAACCGACCGGUUCCUUUAAACGACGCCGUUUUGCUAUUUCAUCAAAAGGGAUUCUGAAUUCAAACCCAAAAACUAAACCACUAGCCUCCAUAGUUCCAUCUCAGCUCUUCCUUGAAAACCCUAGCCUCCAUAGCGCCGCCGUUCAUCUCACCGUCGCCGCCUGGUUCGUGGUGGUCGUUCCCCAAUCCUCCUGGUUCGUUGUUCUCGAAGGUCCUCCCCAUCGUGUUCGUCGCCGGCUCGCCAGUGUUCGUUGCCAGCUUCCUGUCGUCCGUCGAUCUCCCUCAAAUCUCUGCUCCCUGCCCUCGCCGAAGUGCACAGUCGUUACUAGUCUACAUCUUCUCAUCACUCUUCUUCUGCUGCUGCUGUUGUUAGAUUGAUAAGCUUCCGUUUCCCAAAACUCGUCCACCGUGAUGCCUUCAUCAUCGUCAAUUUCUCAGGACCUGUACCCUUCCCAAGACGACCUUCUGUACGAGGAAGAGAUUCUCCGAAACCCUUUCAGCCUCAAGCUAUGGUGGCGAUACCUAAUUGAGCUAACAAGAACCAGGAGAACCUUCGAUCGAGCUCUUUGCGCUUUGCCGGUCACUCAGCAUGAUAGGAUCUGGGAACCCUAUUUGGUUUUCGUGAGUCAGAGGGUGUGCCCAUAGAGACUUCUCUUCGGGUUUAUCGUAGGUACUUGAAGUAUGAUCCUUCUCAUAUUGAGGAUUUUAUUGAGUUUUUGGUGAAUUCUUGCUUGUGGCAGGAGGCUGCUGAAAGGUUGGCUUCGGUUUUGAAUGAUGGCACGUUUUUCUCGAUUAAGGGGAAGACUAGGCAUAGAUUGUGGUUGGAGCUGUGUGAAUUGCUCACUAGACACUAGGCAUGCUAAUGAGGUCUCGGGGUUAAAUGUGGAUGCCAUAAUUAGGGGCGGAAUUAGGAAGUUCACUGAUGAGGUUGGCAGGUUGUGCACGAGAAGGCAAGGGAUGUCAACUGUUGUGACUGUUAGGGAUUUUGGUGUGAUUCACAGUUUGAGGAGAGCAUGCUUGCUUACAAGAUGGAGUAGGAGAUGGGAAUGAGUGAUAUAAUGGUGAAGAAAACGGUUUUGGAGAUGGGGAAGAGGAGGAUGUUCGGUUUAAAGGGGAGGAUUUUGAGAGGAAGAUCUUACAUGGGUUUUGGUUGAACGACAAGAAUGACAUAGACUUGAGUGUUGCAAGAAAACUUCCAUUGCCGUCCUACUCAGCGCUACAUCGGCGACGUUCGAAGAAGAAAGUUUUCAACGUCUUAUUGUCCAGAGUGUGAAGAAAGCGAUUGUUGUUACACACAAGUCGCAUUAAAAAUUUUCAACUUCAAUCAAUUUGUGUCGUUUGCCUUCAUUCAAGUGGAGAUGGUGGGGAUCAAGAGAGAUAGUGUGCAGAUGAGGAAAGCUGCGAAAAAAAUUGGACAGGGAAAGAAAGGCAAAGAAAGAUUCCAUGAAAUCGAUGAUGAGGAAGAUCGUGUGGUACCACCGCUUAAGCUUGUUAGAUUUCGUUGUCCAACAUUAAUUCACUCAAGUUUCGUGCGAAAAUUAGAAAAAUUAGAAAAUAAAAAAGCUUGUGUUAGAGAGGAAGGAUUAUCGGCUUUUAUUAAGAUCUUUCUCGAAGGAUUUGAAGACAGUAUUUUGGAAAACUACUUCAUCACUUACUUGGAGCAAAUGUUAAAUUGCCUUAAAAAAGGUUUGACUAAAGAGAAACAAUUGGCUUCUCAAGCUCUUGGGUUAAUGGCAAUAUCAGUUUGUGAGACUGAGAAUGCAGACGAAGUAUACAGAUACACAAUUUCUCAAGUUACUAAACUGCUUCGAGUUCCUGACAAGCUUUUGGAACCAUGUGGCUUUAUUGCUCUUGUAGAGUGUUUGGCCAUAGUCACAUCUUUCUGUGCAAGCAAUUCAGUGGAAAUUCAAGCAGCCAUGCAAGUGAUUUGGGAAUAUAUUUGUCCUAAAUCCAAGGCACUUAAAAACCAAGUCUCUGCUACUACUCUAUCAACAUUAAUUUAUGCUUGGAUGUUUUUACUUACAAGAGUAUAUAGGUUGGAAAUCAUCUCCGGUCGCUGGCAAGGGGUAAUUUCUCGGUUCUUGACAUUACUCAAAGAAGAUGCAACUUGCGUUGCUGCUGGUGAAGCAUUAGCUUUGAUAUUUGAGCGUGAUAAAGUUGACAGAUUUUUUGUUAAAACUGAAGAAUUAUUAUCAGAGUCUUAUGAUGGAUUAAGAAAAUACAUUAAAAACAUCAUUUUGAAGCAACUAGAGAGUACUUCAAUGGAAGCUAAAACUGCACCUCCUCUGAAACAAAUGUUCAACAAUGCUGCUAGAACCGACUGGGACGUCUUAAUGUACUUUAAGGAAGAUAAACGUCCAAAAUAUUGUGAAAUAUUUGAUGGACAAAAAUUAAUUCUAACAUCAUGGACUUCAAUUACACAGUUCAAUUUCCUCAAGAAUUUUGUGGGAGAAGAAGAAUUUUCAUAUUAUUUGAUGGAAAACGAAGUCAUUCAAGAAUUAUUUGCAUUUGUACCCUAUUAUGAAGAGGAAGAAACUCCAUGUCUAUAUGAACCUAUCGAAGAAAAGAUUGAAGCAAAGGUAUAUCUCCCUGGUACUCGAGGGAAAGAUCCUGAACUAUUAACAAGAAGUCAAAUAAAGAAAGAGCGAGAACAGACAAAGUCAAUUAUUGAUAAAUCAAGGACCAAACUUAUGAAUAAAAGGCGAACAUUUGCAGAGGAGAGAAAAGGCAAGGGAUAUUUCGAAGAGGUUGAGAGUGCAGUAACUCUGUUUGGACUACUUUUUUAGUGUUUUUUUUUCUAAUUAAGUAAUAUUUAAUUUUGUACAUGAUUAACUUUGGAAUAAUCCUUUGGAUUUUCAGUUAUUUAGUAUUAUUAGAUUAAUGAUUUUUCUCAUAAUUAAGAGUGCUGCAGUUAUAUUAUACUCUUUAAACAGUGACCCUGUAAUUUAAGUAUUUAACCUUAAAUAGAUUUUAUAAUUUGAGCAUCGAGUUCAGUAGGAGCUUUUGCUUCGAAGCUUGCAAG